AUGAAAAGAAAGAAUACUGGUCCAAUAAAUAGCAUACAAAAAUUGGAGAUGAAGAACAAAGUGGCAACAAAUUUUAUUAGCGGCAAAAACCGCUCCCCACUUCGCACACCAGCGAGGAACGAAUGUAAUGAGAAGAGUUACCUAAAGGAGGAAGACAUAUUCCUUCGUAGCAAGCCUGUAGAUUUUAUCUACCAUUCGGUUAAUCAGAAACCAUUAAAUGGUAGCCCCUCAUUAGAUGAGCUGAUCAUGAACAGAACGGAGAUGAAAAAGAAAACUGAUAACUUGGUGGUUACUAACUUUUUGCAAAAUGAGGAAAAUGACAUAAUCUGCAAUAAUGGUAUGUCACAAGAGGUAGGAACUAAAGGCAGGAAAAAUGACACCAGUGAUGAGAAGACCACCGCAUGGAUGGGAAGAGAACCUGUCUUCGGAAGGAAGGACUCGUUAGAGAUCAGAUUCCGCCAAGGGCAUAUCCCCCCCAGCAACAAUCAUGAGAAAAAAAUAACCCAUCAGGAAAAAAGAACCCACGAUGCUGAUAUCAGCGCGAUUGCUGAAGGAAGAAACGACUUUGUUAAGAUAACGAAAGAGGUGCACGGAAGCAGUAAUUACUCCUUGAUCGAUCAAAGCGGCGUAUCGGAUAGGAACCACAUGAAUGAAAUGGAAAGAAAAAAAAAUGGCACCCAAGGUAGCAACGGAAGUAACACCACAAGGCACAGAGAACAUUUGGCAGAUUUACCACAUUUUGGAACAAUAUAUGAUGAAGAGGAGAAUGAAGAUACAGUCGACUUCAACACUGCUAAUGUGAUGGGAUCAAACGACCCGAAGAAGAACACGCAACUACGAAGCCGUGUUAAUGAAGGUGCACUGAAAAGGGUAGACGACUCGACAAAUCAGGAUGAUUCCCAAAGUGAAGUGCACAAAUUUAACAACACCGAACAGAGUCUAAGUGAUCUAAUUAGAGCGUUCCAGUUGAAGAUAGCCCAAAAUGUGGGUGUUCCAUCGGGUAACAUACCCAGUGUAGACACCCCAGAGGAUAAUUACGCAGAUAAUCGCAGCGCUGCUCCAAAAAAGGAGAUGACGACACGCUUAUACAACUGCACUAAUUCUAAUAACGCAAAGGUGGCUGAAAAAUGGGUCAAGCGUUAUGAAGCACCACCUCAAGGUAACGAACAAAAGAUGGAGGAUCUUGGGGAGGUGAAAAAAGGAGCCACCUUAAAAAUGAGCCGCAAUAGGCAGAUUCGGAGCCCAUCCAAAUGGGUUCUAAAGGAUCCAUUUAACAAACCGAAAAGAAGCAAAUCAGAAGAUAAGACAUUUCUCCCAUGCAAUAAUAGCGGUUUGGCAGGUUCGACGCACACAUAUGGGUAUGCUCACCAGGGUGCAAGCAAAUUGGAACAUACAGAAAAUAGCGCAGAAAACGAAAUAAAUUACUACCUACAUAGGGAAGAAAAUGUAAUCGAAUUUGAUGGAGAGGGAGGAAGUAGUUAUCACCUAUUGAACCACGAAAACGGUGAAAGUACCAAUGGCUCCUACUCUGUGCAGGAAGGGGGACCAUACGAAAAGGUGCAGUUCAUCCCGGCAAACUACAUCCUAAUAAAUAGGGAAGGAUAUAAUCCAAGUAUAGAAAGUCUAAAAAAUGAGCAAAUGAUUAACAGUCAGGAGAACCUUACCUAUCCUCUAAUGUCUGAGUUUAUGCAGCCAUUUGUGGGGAGCAAAGAAGGGCUAGAAAAUGACGACUCCAAUUGUGGCUCCUUUGUAGAGAGGAAAAGCUUCACGGAUGAAAACUUCUCUCACCAGAAGGAUAAGCUAAGUAGAAGUAUCAAUUAUAUUAGGCAAAUUAAGAAGGCCAAUGAGAAAGCAAGGUACGCGAAUUCGAUGGAAGAAAAGGUGAAAAAGACUAGACAAGGGGAGGAGUCUGCUAGGAAGGAAGAGGAUGCAUAUUUUGCGUCCCCUCGUUUUGGUUCACUCAGCCAGGAAGAGGUGGAAGAAGUGAACCACGUGAGAGAAGCACCUUCCUGGAGUGAGAAAAAAAACAAAAGAGUGAACCCUCUGAUGUUCUCUAAGAGCCACUUACAGGAAGGGUUACUAAAUAACGCAAGAAAGCAGGGCAACUCGAAAACUGGAAAAAAUGGCUAUGCAAACUGGGCGCUGAAAAACGGGCGUGACGCUCUGCCUCAAAAACUGAGUAAACAGGUGGAAACGCCGACCAAGGGUAGAGGGGUCGAAUUGGUGAAAAAAGUAGACCUAGCCGAAGUGCACCUGAAUGGUGAGAGGAUAGACACGCCCAAUAGGGCCAAUCGGGUCAAUCAUGCCAAUUUUUCGAACCUUUCGAAUUUUUCAAACCUCUCCGAUUCGCUAAAAUUGAUUGAGCGGAAGCGAAAGGGGGAUAUCUGCAAAAGUGGGGCAAACGGCCGGACGAGCGCCAAAAAGGAAGAUUCCCCCUUGAAGCACGACCAUGUGAAAGACGAAAAAUACACAAAGAAACAGACAAACACAACAUUACGUAGGUGUCCCAAAAUAGGAAGCAAAAAAAAUGACACCAAUAAAGCACUUAAGAUAAAAUCCCCCUUCAUUUCUAAGCACAAUAAUAUUCCUAUGCAUGCAGUACCAAUACGUAACGAACCACUUAAGUCGACUAAAAUGGUAAAAGAGGAACGACAACAGAGGCACCACAACGGAAGUCAACAAUAUGGAAACCUGAACAGAACAGGAAAAAUUAUCUUAGAAAGGAAAAAAAUGAAGAGCAAAGAUAAGUCUACCUUUCUCCAAAAGGGAGCAUCUAAAAAGGAUGCAGGUCAAGAUACUCCAGUAGAACUAACCGAAAAGGAAGACAAGAAUAAAAUUUACAGCAUUCCCUCUUGUCAUAGUUCCAGUUCCUAUGAUCACCGUCCUAUUCGCUCCCUCAACAAUUCUAACCUGAGCUGCGAUUCGCAGGAGACGCAACACGUCAACAACUUGACCCAUAUGCGCAAACAGAAUUUGUCCAAAAUGAAGGAAAUGAUAACCCGGGAAAGGGAAGCUGUGAGGAGAAGCUCCAUCGUUCCGUACCCCAAAAGUGGUGCACGAGGGGGGAAAAAUUGCAAAUGGGAGGUCAAGGGGGCAGGAAAAAGGGAACCGAAAAGGGAAACGCAAAAAGAAGUGAUCCCCAAAAGAAACGCAUUGUGCAGGACGAAGGGCGUAACGGGAGGAAGCAUGGGGCAUGACUCCGUUGGGACUCAAAUAGUGGAAUCCCACAAAGCGGAAGAUUACAGCAUAAGUGCCCGAAAAGCAAUUUUAGCGAAGAAGAACCAAAAGGAAAAAUACCCCCUCGAUAUAGAAGUCUCGUAUAAGUGCAAAAGCAUUUACAUAAAAAUCAACGUAGACUCAAAUAAUGAGGAGCUACUAAAGCAUACACAACAGAGGUUGCCGAAAAGGAGUCUGGAAUUUAAGUUAUUCACAACCAAGUUUGUCGAUGGGUUCAUAAAAUCAACCGAAUCGAAAAUUUAUAAAUCGUCGAGUAUUAUUUUGCAAAAUGCAGAGACUGAUGUUUUUUACAACAUCACUAUUCAUGUGUAUAGCAAUGUCGUGUCUAGCCUAUGGCUGUACGGAUCCGCUUCUUUCUAUCUAACCAAAUAUAACGUUGAACGGUUUAAACUGAAGACGCCUUCCUCUGUUACGUUUAACAAAGACGGGGAUGUCAGAAAUGGGGUGUCAUCCAGCGCAUUCGCCAGGGAAAAGAAGGAUGAGUCGAAGAGUUCCUCCAAAAAUAUCCAUCAGAAGGGAAAAAAUGGUGAACCCCUUUUUUUUACCAACUCAGAAGGACAAGAUACACAGGAUUAUCUGCUAGAAGAAGAGGUGAAAGACAUCUCCCUGGAUGAACAUUCUUCCACCUCCUUCGACGAUGAUAUUUCUUCCGACGAAAGUGACGCCAGAAUGGAAAAUGUAAACAUCGGCAUUAAUUUAAGAGGGUCCUCCAAUUUGGCACAUCAACAUAGCAGUGGUCAGAAUAACCAUAAUGGUGAUGACCACAACCAAAUAAACGACUCCAUGCGAAACGAAUGUGGCGUCAGCAGCUCUACCUAUGACGAACUGCUCCUAAAUUUUAGCCAAAUUAACAAAAGUAAAAUAAAGAAGGAAUUACAAACUGUUCGGUGCGAUAAGGGGGACACUCUGACAUCUUCCAUAGCCGAGAAGGACACAUCUAUCAAUGAGGAAGAAAAUAAUCAUGAACAUUAUCACAGAGGGUCAUCACGUGAACAAAAAGACCAAAGUGAGAAACCCACUGGAGGUGAACUUCCCCCAGUGGAGGAACCCACUGUAAGAUACACAACUGCAACGGUUCAGGAGGAUCACCUUUUAGAAAAAUCACUCCACUGUGAAAACUACUUAGACGAAAAUAGCAAGGGGAAUUUAAAAUUUACCAAAUUCCUGAUAGAAAAAGGGACACAUAAUAUAAUGCCAGAUUCGAAUAAACUGUUUUCAAAUGUUUCACUAGUUAAGGAAGACACAACUUGUUUUCCUUUUAUACUUUCAAGCAGCACCUCCUUUAAGGGGGCCCACGAGAAUGGCACCGAAAGUGUAGAAUCCCAAAUGGCGAAACGACCACCUACUGGGGAUCCCCCCCUGAAGGGAGGUAAAAACAAUUUCAAAACAAAUUUGUUCAGAAGCUGUUCAUCUGGCGACGUGACAAAUAUUUUUGAAAAAGACGAAAAAUACUCUAACGUGGGGGAACCUCUUCCCAUGUUGGGUGCACAAAAAGAAAAGCUAGCACAGAUAGGUCGUCUACUAAGUGAGAAAUGGACAGAAGAGAAAAACGAAAAUUGUAUAACCACUGUUCAUGGGGUGGAUGGCAUUCCUAAUGAGAAUAAUCUACACACGAUUAGGAGCCACCCCUUCGGGGGAUUAACCAGUGCAAAUUUUCCCCCAAACAGGAAAGAGACAAAGGGAAACAAUACGAGAAGGCACCUUCAUAACAGCUUUGUACAAAUCCCUUCCAUGGAAAAAUGGAAAAAAGAAAAUGGUCUAAGGAAUGAAUCGCAUCUAUCAAGUGCAGAACCACAGCUAGCCGAGAAAGAACCCAAUUCUACAUCAAAUCUCGUCUUCUCAAGGGGUACAUUUGUAUACAAAAAGGAAAACGAGGAUGUAGAAGGGUUGGAGGCAACGCAGGGAAGAGUUGGACAAAAUGAGGUCCACAUGUUAAGCGAAAUGAGUAGUGCCAAGAAGAGCAAUGAUGAGGACUACCCACAUUCGAGUGACCUCACCGUAUCUAGCCAGGUCCAGGUAAACGCAAAGGAAUGCACAAGUGGAUCUAACGAACAUGGACCCAUUUCCGGGGACACCCCUUCGAAUGAUAAGGGAGAAGAACUCUCCAAAGGUAAUUUUCAAGCCGACAAAGCAGCCACAUUUAUGGACGAGGUUGCCAAAUGGAGUCAGUUAAACAGGUCCGAUGUUAAACACACGGUCGACUCGAACUACAACAGGUGGAUCCUACACAAAAAUGGAAAUGUAGCCAAUAAAGCGAGUUCUCCUAAUGGACUGAUCACGCAAAAUAGUACCCCGAAUGGUAAGUCGGUUCACAAAUUCGGCCCAUGGGUGAACAGAGGUUGUUACCCUCCACAGGGAAAGUACACUCUACCAGGGGGGUCUCCCUACAAAACACACCAGGGUAGAAGCAUCGCCAUGUCUAAUCCGAUGUGCAAUCCAAUGUGUAGUGGCAUGCCAGACAAGGGAACAAAUUUGCAGAGCAAAAACAUACCAGUGCAGUUACCCACAUACGCGGAGGAGGUUAAAAUGAAGUACCCACAACACCCCUAUUUUAACAGAACAAACGGGAUGGUAAAUUUACCCAACGGAGCUUACCUACUUCAGGGUAACCAAACAGUGGGGCAUAACUUAGGCAGAGAUUUUGCAAAUAAGUUUGCGCACAUUGGGAAGGAACGCUCGCCAAGCGGUUUUCGAAGCGGUGUUCCAAGUGGCCUUCCCAUCGGCAUUACCAACGGGGUGGAAAAAAAAAUGCACAACUCAGAGGACCUACUGUACAAAAGCAACAACUACAGAAAUGUCCGAUGCGUGCAAGGGCCUGUUGACGUUCCGCCUCCUUACAUCACGAAUAAGUCUGUCGUCAGUGAAGGUCGGUAUGUGAACCUUCCCCACUGCGCCCUCAGACAGAACUACAAUGGGGUGAACUUCCCAAGUGUACACACACAAAUGGCUACCCACCAAAAUGCCGAAACGUAUGCAAAAGAAUUUGCACCCAAAAUUCCCCCCUGUGAAGGGAGCAUCACGAAGGAUAUGCCGCAUGAUGGUAUAAACCUACCUCUUAAAAAAAGCAACCUUCAGGAGGACGGAUUACCAAUUGUGGGGACACUUCCCCACAACGGGAAACCCAAAACAGGCGCAAAUAAUUACCCCCCAAGUGGGGGAAAUGUUCCCCAUAAGGACCCUAACCAGGUGGCAGAUAACAGUUUUUACAAGAAAGAACCCACUCCGAUGUUCCAGACGUACCUCAAUGGGGAAAUAACGGACUGCCUCCAAGGGGGAGUCCUACCUGGUCAGCAGAAUAUAAACCCACUUAUAAGCAGUCUCCCCAAUGGCAUCCACAGUUCGACAAACAAAUUACAUGCCAACAUGCAGGGCAACACCGACAGGCACCUACGCCAGGAGGGUUCACCAUAUAGAGGACCCUCACCAUACACCCCCAUUGUGGGAACCAACCUGCCCAGAGUAAACAAUAACAUUAAAAUGUUCGCCUUUAAUGAGGAAGGUAUAACGGCCCACCUAGAAAAUCAAAAAAGGAACAAAAACCAGGGGAAGAACCCCCUUUACCCUUACAUGCAACAAAAUAUGCACACCCAUGCUGGUACAGGAAUGCCAAACAAUAUUGGUCACACCAAAAAUGGAUACUACCUCCCGAAUUGUAGUCCUCCCGAUAAUGUACAAAUGAGAGCAGCAUGUCUAAACCAACACGCAAUGAAAAAUAAUCCAACUGUUUUAAAAAAAGGAAACGAACCUUAUUUCGGAAGGGCUGUCCAAAAACCCGUUAUGUGUACCUAUGCACCAUGUGGGGAUAAUCCAUAUGCUCCACAAAAUGGUAACUUAGAAAAAGACCACCUCAAAAAAUGUACCUUUCUAUAUACACAAGGAAUGCCAAAUGUAGCCACGGAAAAUCCGUUUUCCGUUUUUAAAACGAACCAAGAGAAGUUAACUGGCGCUGUAAGGCCCACUGCCAGUGGUAACAUCAACCCUAUUGAUCAAAAUGUUCAGAGGAAAGUCGGUGCAUAUGCCCCAUGGGGUGACGCCCGUCGGGUGGUGCUACCUGGUAGAACGGGACAGUUACCCUACGCUCAUUGGCCACAAUGUGCACCCCAUAACGCGCUUCAUAUGUUCCACCCGAACGGGAAGAUCAAUGGCCCCCCAACAAAUAUACAAAGACAGAAGGAGAACCCGAGUGGCCUUUCUCCCCCCGAUGGGCGUAACUCCCCCUGCAGUGGCUAUCGCCCCCAAGGAGCGAAUCUGAUCAAGCAGAAUCCCCCAACGGAAAAACAGAAAAUGCAAACUGGAUAUCCGCUCAGAAGUUUAUCCAAGCAGCCGAACCAAGACGGGGCCAAACUGGCAAGCUCGCUUGCGUCACCCAACAAGGUAAAGGGGAACACACACCGAGCAGUCACUUUCCUGGAUGAACCUUCGAUAAUACAAAAUGACACUAAUCAGGAUGGCGUACAUCCAAAUGAAUUUCUUCACGAUAGUGCCUCCCACAUGACUGGCAAGCACAACCUGACGAGUGAUGAAAAAGUCAGUUCGAGUGCCAAUGCGAAUAUGCCCCACCAGCCAAACAAUUGCAUAUCAUGGGAGAAAUCCGAGGAAGCACGCAAAUUCGACCUAAAGUACAACGAAAUAAAUUUUAAAAGCAUCCAGUGUGUAGAACAGACAAAUAAGCAGUUCGCGGAUCACAUAUAUAACAUGGCCAAAGGUUCCAACACAGCAUGUUCUGCAAGGGAAUAUACCUACACAGAUAAUAGGUGUGUGAAGCGAGAAAAUUCAUUGGGAAAAAACAGAAAAUUUUCUCCCUUUUUUGGAUUACGUAAUAGUGGUAAUUCAAAUACAGAAGAUCAGAAAGAGUGCACACAAAAGAAAACUCCAACAACAAACUCGUUCCAGUUGAGUAUUCAGCUGGGAGAACGUGAGUGGGGGAAAAUUAAAUUCACCCGUGAGGAUAUCCUGGAUGAUAGGAUUAAUAAGUUUAUUGAAAGUAAUAACUUAAAGAAAAUUUUUUUAUCUCCCUUGAGGGAAAAAUUGAAAUAUAUGCUGCAAAAUGAUGUGCCCAAGUGGAGCAUGAGCAUUACGGAAAUAUUGUAA